AUGAAUUCAAGUAUUGAAGAACAAAUUCAAUCCUUCAGGGAAUCUCAUAAUCGGCUCACUAAAGUUCUUCGUGAACGCCAAAAACGUCGUAAAUUACAAUUGAACUCUGUAAAAGAAUUUAAAAAAAAAAAUCCUUCAGAUAAUAUAAAAGCUUCUGAAAACAGCAAAAAACCAUCAGUAAACAAGGUAGAACAUCGGCAACAACAGUAUCAAGGAGAAAAACAAACGUCAGGUCAAGAAAGUGAAAAAACAAUUAGAAAUGAUUAUUGCCAGUACUUUGUUGAUUCUGGACGUCGUCCCCAAAAUUUCAUUCGAGAUACUGAAUUAUCUCAACGUUUCGACGAAUAUCCUAAACUUAAAGAACUGACAAAAAUGAAGGACUCCUUAGUUAAAAGUAUGGCGACACCACCAACUUAUUUGAAGGCUGAUCUUCGAACAUUUGACCUCAAAUCUCUUGGAAUUAAAUUCGAUGUUAUUUUGAUUGAUCCACCUUUGGAAGAAAAGUCACCGCUGGUCGCGGGUACAAACCCUGAUUAUUGGACUUACGAUGAAAUUAUAUCCUUGUUUGAUAACGUAGCAGCAAAUCCUUCAUUUAUUUUCAUUUGGUCUGGAGAUUCAGAUGGACUCGACCGUGGUCGGCAGUUACUUCUUAAAUGGGGAUAUCGCAGAUGUGAGGAUAUUGUAUGGAUUAAAACUAACAAGAAAUGGGAGGGAAGUCGUUUCAUUGAACCUAGAUCAAUUUUCCAACGCACGAAAGAGCAUUGUAUAAUGGGUAUCAGGGGUACAGUUCGACGCAGCACAGAUGGUCAUUUUAUUCAUUGCAAUGUGGAUACGGAUGUCAUUAUAUCAGAAGAACCACCUUUCGGGAGCACAGCUAAACCAGAAGAAUUAUAUCACAUUAUAGAACAUUUUUGCCUGGGACGUAGAAGGCUUGAAUUAUUUGGAGAGGAUCAUAAUAUUCGACCAGGUUGGUUGACUAUCGGGACUGGUUUAUCAAGUUCGAAUUUUGAUGCAACUAGAUAUGCGAAAUAUUUCGAACCUAGUGGAUAUUUACUUGGUUCAACAACAGAAAUUGAAAAUCUACGACCGAAGUCUCCGCCAUUACGAGACAAUUCAACAUCAAAACUAGGUGGAUCAUCAGGUGCAAUAAUGAAAUCCAAAUCCAAAAAGCAGAAUAAUAACGUCAUGACAGUCCCCCAACUGACGCCAAUUUCAGCAUAUCGUUGGAUUCCAACAAUGGAUGUUAAUGUUUAUGGAAAAUGA